CACCGCCCGGGAAGCUGCGCGAAGCUCGGUGCCACCGCCACAUCCUCCGGAGCUCUGAGUCCAGGCGAGCCGAGUCGAGCCGAGUCGAGCCGGGCCAGGACCAAGCCGGAGCGCUCCGACGGCACGGGCGAGCCGAACGCUGAGCCAUGGCGCACCAGACCGGCAUCCACGCCACCGAAGAGCUAAAGGAAUUCUUUGCCAAGGCCCGGGCUGGCUCCAUCCGACUCAUCAAAGUUAUCAUUGAGGACGAGCAGCUCGUGCUCGGUGCCUCGCAGGAGCCAGUGGGACGCUGGGACCAGGACUACGACCGGGCUGUAUUGCCGCUGCUGGAUGCCCAGGAGCCCUGCUACCUCCUCUUCCGCCUCGAUUCGCAGAAUGCUCAGGGUUUCGAAUGGCUCUUCCUGGCCUGGUCACCUGAUAAUUCGCCUGUGCGGCUGAAGAUGCUGUAUGCAGCCACACGAGCCACAGUGAAGAAGGAGUUUGGAGGCGGCCACAUCAAGGAUGAGCUCUUCGGGACAGUAAAGGACGACCUCUCCCUGGCCGGGUACCAGAAGCACCUGUCAUCCUGCGCGGCACCUGCCCCGCUGACGUCGGCUGAGAGAGAGCUCCAGCAGAUCCGAAUCAAUGAGGUGAAGACUGAGAUCAGUGUGGAAAGUAAGCACCAGACGCUACAGGGCCUGGCCUUCCCGCUGCAGCCUGAGGCCCAGCGGGCGCUUCAGCAGCUCAAGCAGAAGACAGUCAACUAUAUCCAGCUGAAGCUGGACCUGGAACGGGAGACCAUCGAGCUGGUACACACAGAACCCACAAACGUGGCCCAGCUACCCUCACGGGUACCCCGAGAUGCUGCCCGCUACCACUUCUUCCUGUAUAAGCAUACCCACGAGGGUGACCCCCUGGAAUCUGUGGUGUUCAUCUACUCCAUGCCGGGCUACAAGUGCAGCAUUAAGGAGCGCAUGCUCUACUCCAGCUGCAAGAGCCGCCUCCUCGACUCUGUAGAGCAAGACUUCCAGCUGGAGAUAGCUAAGAAGGUUCUCCGGCACAGGACCCUGCACCCUGUGUCUCUUCUAGUGCAGGCUGCAGUGCUGUCUGGGGCUCUGGCCCUGGGCACCCUGCCUGCCUUCCUGCCCUGUGAGCUGAAGCCUUGGGGCCUGGUGGACUGUGACUGGCUGUUCCUGAAGUCUGUGCCUCACUUCUUGGCAGCAGAUCCCCGUUCCAACGUCACCAACCUUUCCUUGGUCUCCAACCGUAUCCACCACCUGCACAACACCGACUUCAUCCACUUGUCCAACCUGCGGCAUCUGAACCUCAAAUGGAACUGUCCUCCCAUCGGCCUUAGCCCCAUGCACUUCCCUUGCCACAUGACCAUUGAGCACGACACCUUCCUGAACGUGCCUACACUAGAAGAGCUGAACCUGAGCAACAACGGCAUCACCACUGUGCCCCCACUGCCCAGCUCCCUGAGGAAGCUAAGCCUGAGUCACACCAACAUCCUGGUACUACAUCCUAACAACUUUGUUCUCCCGAGCUCCCUGCGCUUUCUCUUCAUGGAUGGAAACUGCUACUACAAAAACCCCUGCAGCAAGGCAGUGGAGGUGGCCCCAGGUGCCCUCCUGGGCUUGAGCAAUCUCACCCAUUUGUCACUCAAGUAUAACAACCUCACGGAGGUGCCCCGCCAGCUGCCCCCCAGCCUGGAGUACCUUCUGGUGUCCUAUAACCACAUUGUCAAGCUGGGGCCUGAAGACCUAGCCAAUCUGACCUCCCUUCGAGUGCUCGAUGUGGGUGGGAAUUGUCGCCGCUGUGACCACGCCAUCAACCCUUGUAUAGACUGUGGACAGAAGUACCUCCAGCUGCACCCUGAGACCUUCCAUCACCUGACCCACCUUGAAGGCCUGGUGCUGAAGGACAACUCUCUCUACAAGCUGGAGCCCUCCUGGUUCCAAUGCCUGGUCAACCUCUCAAAGCUGGACAUAAGUGAGAACUUUCUCUAUGACCACAUUACCAACACCACAGUCUUCCAGAACAUGACCCGCCUGCGCAAGCUCGACCUGUCCUUCAAUUACCACAAGAAGGUCUCCUAUGCCCAGCUCCACCUGGCAAAUUCCUUCAAGGGCCUGGUGUCACUGCGGGAGCUGAACAUGAACGGCAUCUUCUUCCGCUUGCUCGACCAGGCAACUCUCGAGUCGCUGACCCGUCUGCCCAAGCUCCGCACUCUGCAUCUCCAAAUGAACUUUAUCAACCAGGCCCAAAUCAGCAUCUUUGGUGCCUUCCCAGUCCUUCAGUUUGUGGACCUGUCAGACAACCGAAUCAGUGAGAUUCUAACGCCGCCGCCAGCAGCCGCCCUUGAAGAGGCAAAUGAUGGGGAGCAGGAGAAUCUGUGGCCUGAGGUUUUUGCCCCACCUCCGCUGAGCUCCCCUGGCUCCAAGAAGUUCAUGCCCGGGUGCAACCCACAAGAGUUCAAACUGGACCUGUCUCGGAACAACCUGGUGGCCAUCAAGCCUGAGAUGUUUGCCAACCUCUCACGCCUCCAAUGCCUAAGCCUGAGCCACAACUGUAUUGCACAGGCUGUCAACGGCUCUCAGUUCGUGCCGCUGACCAAUCUUCGGGUGCUGGACCUAUCCCAUAACAAGCUGGACUUGUACCAUGGGAAAUCGUUCAGUGAGCUCCCACAAUUGCAGGAGCUGGACCUGAGCUACAACAGCCAGGCCUUCAGCAUGCAGGGUAUAGGCCACAACUUUAGCUUUGUGAGCCGCCUGUUACGGCUGAAGUACCUUAGCCUGGCAUACAACGGCAUUCACAGCCGCGUAUCCUCACGUCUUUACAGCGACUCACUGGAGUCCCUGGACUUCAGCGGCAACGGCAUGGGCCUCAUGUGGGGCGAGGGGGACCUCUACCUCCACUUCUUCCAAAACCUGACAGGCCUGAACUAUCUAGACCUGUCUCGGAAUCACCUGCAUAUCCUCCUUCCGCAGAACCUGGAUAACCUCCCCAAGAACCUAACGAAGCUGAGCCUCCGUGACAAUUUUCUGUCUUUCUUUAACUGGAGCAGCCUGGCCUUCCUGCCUAACCUGGAAGCCCUGGAUUUGGCAGGAAACCUACUAAAGGCCCUGACCAAUGGCACCCUGCCUAACGGCACUCGGCUCCAGAAACUCGAUGUCAGUAGCAACAAUAUUGUGUCUGUGGUCCCAGCCUUCUUUGCUCUGGCUGAGGAGCUGAAGGAGGUAAACCUCAGCGACAACAAUCUCAAGACCGUGGAUCGCUCCUGGUUUGGGCCCACCGCCCUGAGCCUGAGGAUGCUGGACGUGAGCAGCAACCCUCUGCACUGCGCCUGCGGGGCGACCUUCCUGGACUUCCUGCUGGAGAUCCAGACGGCGGUACCUGGCCUGGCCAUCAACGUGAAGUGUGGCAGUCCCGGCCAGCUGCAGGGCAGCAGCAUCUUUAAGCAGGACCUGCGGCUGUGCCUGGAUGACGUUCUCUCCUGGGAGUGCUUUAGCCUUUCGCUGUUGGCCGUGGCUGCGGGCACGGUGGUGCCCUUACUGCAUCACCUGUGCGGCUGGGACGUCUGGUACUGCUUCCACCUGUGCCUGGCGUGGCUUCCUUUGCUGGCCCGGGGCCGGCGCGGGGCCCAGGCUCUGCCCUAUGAUGCCUUCGUAGUGUUCGACAAGGCGCAGAGCGCCGUUGCCGACUGGGUGUAUAACGAGCUUCGGGUGCGGCUGGAGGAGCGGCGCGGGCGCAGAGCCCUGCGCCUGUGCCUGGAGGACCGGGAUUGGCUGCCGGGCCAGACGCUCUUCGAGAACCUCUGGGCCUCCAUCUACAGCAGCCGCAAGACUCUGUUUGUGCUAGCCCACACCGACCGGGUCAGCGGCCUCCUGCGCACCAGCUUCCUGCUGGCUCAGCAGCGCCUGCUGGAGGACCGCAAGGACGUGGUGGUGCUGGUGAUCCUGCGCCCCGAUGCCCACCGCUCCCGCUACGUGCGGCUGCGCCAGCGCCUCUGCCGCCAGAGUGUGCUCUUCUGGCCCCAGCAGCCCAGCGGACAGGGCAGCUUCUGGGCCCAGCUGAGCACAUCCCUGACCCGGGACAACCGGCACUUCUAUAACCAAAACUUCUGCCGGGGACCCGCAGCCGAAUAGCCCAGGGAAACAGCUGGGAACAGCUGCACCUCACGCCGGGCCACCAGGGUUGCUCUGCCUGCCUUGCUCUGUCUUACUUUACCCCCCCCACCCCCCACCCCCCCACCGGUAUCUGGCAGGUGCUCAAUACGUGCUACCAAGCCACCAGCCCUGGGCUCCUGGGAGGUGUGGCUCGGGGGAGAGAUGGCGGACUUUUCCAGAUCUUCACAAAGAGGAAGGAGUUAGAUGAAAACCGGGCCCACAGAGCAAAGGGUGGGCGCUUUGGAGAUAGUCACCAACUAUGGACUUUCUGAUCCUUCCCAGGGAACAGGGCCGGGUUUGCCUUUUGUUUGUUUGUUUGUUUUUGAGACAGGGUUUCUCUGCGUAGCCCGGGCUGUCCUGGAGCAACCGCUGUAGACCAGGCUAGCCUCGAACUCACGGAGAUCCGCCUGCUUCUACUGAGAUUUCAAGCCUGCGCCACCACGCUCAGCCUUUUUUUCUUUUUUCUUUUUUUCUUUUAAGUUGUCCUCUGAAUGCCCUGCUGUCCUUGCAAGAAGCCUGGGUCAGCACCUCUCUGUCUUGUGUUUAUCUAGGGGAUCUGCCUUCCUCACCUCCUGGCCUGUCAUGAGGGCAGAGAAGAUGCAGGGCUAGUUUAUCUUUGGCCCUCAGCAAGCUCCUGAGAAAACUCCGGAGCAGGGCGGUAGUUACUACUGGGUGUGUAGAAAAUGAGGGAUGGUUGCAUGCUCUGGUGGCCGUGCCUACGCUGGGCAAAGAAAGCCAGCCUUGAUUAGAGUCUGGGCAGUAGCAGCAAGGAGCUGAGAUCCAGAGGAGAUUCAAAGGUGUGUUCAACCUGCGUGUGUGUGUGUGUGUGUGUGUGUGUGUGUGUGUGUGUGUGCACACGCGCGC